CAGCUGUUUUGCUUUAUGUAAAUAAUUAGUUUCUGCACGCGCAAUGUCGUCAACACAAAAAUUAAAUUCACUAUUUAAAAGAAAAUCAAUAAGAUAUGGAGUACCAUUCUUGUUUCUCAUGGUUGGCGGUUCUUUUGGCUUGGAACAAUUUUCUAAACUUAGAUAUGAGUUCUCCCGCAAAAGGACUGUGAGUCCACAGGAAAUGGAAAAACUGGGUGUUUCAAUGAAAAAAUCCGAUGAAGUUACGCUUGACAAAGAAUAUGAAAAAAUCAAAAGCUUGAACAUUGAUGAAUGGGAAAACAAACGCGGGCCUAGACCGUGGGAGGAGACGCAAUAGCGGUCCUAAAAUAUUUUCGCUAGAAAAGUGGCAUCAGGAGUUUUAAGGAAAUGCGUCGUUUAAAUUUUAAUUAUUUUACAUUAAUUGUACUGACUUUGUUAAAAUA